AUGGCCGACUUCUCGAUGUACCAUAACCUAGGUGACGGUGCCGUGCCAGAGAAUGAGAGAAUGAAAUCGCAGAUACGGACUGAGCCUGCAGCUCCUCAGUUCGUACCUCCAGUUGCACAACCUCCAUCAGGAUAUGUGCAGAGUGGAGGUGCUCCUCAGCAAGCAUACCAACAGCAGCCUCAUGACUUUGCCCAAUCCCCGCCGUAUCCCUCACCUUCAGCAGGUUACCCAUCACCCCAGGGGCAUGUUCACUCUCCAACGGACAUGCAGUCAGGGAUGCACGGCUUAACUGCUCAAAUGGGUGGACUAGGAAUUGCUGCGGGAGGGCCACCAUCGUCCGCCGGUGGGACUACUAGGGCACAUAAGAAGAAGGAUAGACAUGCGCAUCAUGAGUUUGGAGCUCCAGCAGGGUCGUCCCAACCGUUUAAUGGCAUGCCUCCGGGCUCUACCCAGCAGCCAUCACAAUUCCUCAACCAACAAAGCCCGCACGUAGCUCCACUGCAUGGUGGCUUUGGCUCACCCCAGACGCAGCAGCAAAGGAACUCCAGCAUUGUUGGAGAUGGCUCUGUACCAACGCAAGGCAAGGUUGAUCCAGAACAGAUACCCAGUGUUCCACGGUCUCGUGAUGUUCCUGCUCAAUAUUAUCUUGAACAUACCUAUCCAACUAUGGAACGGCAUGUCCCCCCGCCAUCCACGGUCCCAUUCGUUGCCCACGACCAAGGCAACUCAUCGCCAAAGUUUGCUCGACUGACCAUAAAUAAUAUUCCUUCUACCGCAGAGGCUCUUGCUUCAACCUCACUCCCGUUAGGUCUUAUAUUGCAACCUCUUGCUGCACUUGACGAGGCAGAGCAACCCGUCCCUAUUUUGGACUUCGGAGAUGCUGGACCUCCUCGGUGUCGAAGGUGCAGGGCUUACAUUAAUCCGUUCAUGACUUUCCGAUCUGGCGGAAAUAAGUUUAUUUGCAACAUGUGUACAUUCCCUAACGAGGUUGCUCCUGAAUACUAUGCGCCACUUGAUCCUUCCGGCGUGCGUGUGGAUCGGAUACACCGCCCAGAAUUGAUGCAAGGGACUGUUGAAUUCUUGGUCCCCAAGGAAUACUGGAGUAGAGAACCUGUGGGCUUGCGUUGGUUGUUCCUUCUGGAUGUUUCACAGGAGGCUAUAUCUCGGGGAUUUUUAGAAGCAUGUUGCGAUGGCUUAUUAUCUGCCCUGUACGGAGCGGAUAGAGAUGAAGAACCUGAAACUACAGAAGAUGGCGAAUCCAAACCCUUUAGGAAGCUACCAGAGGGGUCUAAGAUCGGAAUCAUCACUUUUGACAAGGAAGUCCAUUUUUACAAUUUGAGUCCCCAGUUAGAACAGGCACAAAUGAUUGUCAUGCCGGAUUUGGAAGAUCCAUUCGUUCCUUUGAGCGAAGGACUGUUUGCUGAUCCAUAUGAGUCGAAGCAUGUUAUAUCAUCACUCUUGACGCAAAUACCCACACUAUUUUCGUUCAUUAAAUACCCAGAGCCAGCCCUCCUGCCCACGUUAAACUCCGCUUUAUGUGCCUUGGAGUCAACAGGAGGAAAGAUUGUCUGUUCGUUGAGCUGCCUUCCUACCUGGGGCCCAGGGCGUCUCUUUAUGAGGGAUCAAGGAAUGGGCCCUGGGACUGAUGCCGAAAGGAAGCUCUUUACUACAGAGCAUGUCGAGUGGAAGAAAACGGCCACAAAAGCGGCAGAAACUGGUAUUGGUGUCGAUUUCUUCAUAGCAGCUGGCGGUGGGACCUAUAUGGACAUCGCAACGAUUGGACAUGUAUCUGCUGUUGCUGGAGGAGAAAUGUUUUUUUACCCUAAUUUCCAUGCUCCCCGCGAUAUCCAGAAACUUUCUAGGGAAAUUUCUCACUCCAUUACCCGAGAAACUGGUUAUCAGGCCCUUUUGAAGGUCCGAUGUUCAAACGGUCUCCAAAUCUCGUCGUAUCAUGGUAACUUCCUCCAGCAUACAUUUGCCUCAGAUCUUGAAAUGGGAAGUAUUGAUUCUGAUAAAGCAUUUGGCAUCAUGUUCACUUACGAUGGUAAACUUGACCCGAAAUUGGACGCCCAUUUCCAGGCAGCGCUUCUCUAUACUGCUGGUAACGGGCAGCGGCGUGUUAGGUGUAUAAAUAUCGUAGCAGCUGUCAACGAUGGUGGAAUGGAGACCAUGAAGUCCCUUGACCAAGAUGCCAUUGUUUCUAUUCUUGCUAAAGAAGCUGCUUCCAAGAUUCCUGAAAAGGCCCUGUCGGAAGUCCGGGCUAGUCUCACAGAGAAGAGUAUCGAUAUUCUAGCAAGCUACCGCAAGAACUUUUCAUUGUCGCAUCCUCCCGGCCAGUUGGUGCUGCCCGAAUAUAUACAGGAAUUUUCAAUGUACAUGCUGAGCUUGCUAAAGUCUCGUGCAUUCAAAGGUGGCCAUGAACCCUCUGACCGGCGUGUUCACGAUGUCCGAAUGCUCCGCUCCUUUGGGUGCCGUGAGCUUUCUCUCUACCUGUACCCUCGGAUAAUUCCAAUUCAUAACUUAGAUCCUAAGGAUGGGUUUUCCAAUGAGCAUGGGCAAUUACAAGUGCCACCAAGCCAGCGAGCGUCGUUCUCCAAAAUUGAAGACGGAGGUGUCUACAUCGUGGAUAAUGGACAAAUAUGUAUCCUCUGGAUUCAUGCACUUGUCUCCCCUAACCUGCUUGAGGAUCUGUUCGGCCCAGGCCACACGUCCCUUAAAUCCAUCGACCCAAAUACGUCAGCUAUCCCAGUUCUAGAAACGCAACUGAAUGCGCAGGUACGCAAUAUCCUGCAAUAUCUAAGUACUGUCCGCGGCUCGAAGGCCAUGACUAUACAGCUGGCCAGGCAGGGUAUUGAUGGGUCCGAAUAUGAAUUUGCACGAAUGCUAUUGGAGGACAGAAAUAAUGAGGCACAGAGUUAUGUUGAUUGGCUAGUUCAUUUGCAUCGACAGAUCAAUAUUGAACUAGGCGGCCACCGGAAGAAAGACGAUGGUUCUGUCGCAGGUGCUGUUGGUGCCGGAGUGGAAAGCACUUUGUCUGGAUUGGCAGGGCUACGACCAUCAUACUGGUAG